AUGAAGAUCAAAACUAUCAGCAGAAGUGCAGACGACUAUGUUCCUGUAAAGAGCACUCAAGAAUCACAACUGCCUCGUAACUUGGAUCCAGCUUUGCAUCCAUUCGAAAGAGCCAGAGAAUAUACAAAAGCUUUAAAUGCAACCAAACUCGAGAGAAUGUUUGCAAAACCAUUUAUUGGUCAAUUAGGUUAUGGUCAUAGAGAUGGUGUUUAUACUAUUGCAAAGAACUAUAACGUGCUUAAUAAGCUUGCUACUGCGAGUGGUGAUGGUAUCAUUAAAUACUGGAAUAUGUCUACUAGAGAAGAAUUGAGUUCGUUUAAAGCACAUUAUGGUAUGGUAACAGGGUUAUGUGUGACUCCUUUACACCUAUCUCCUCAAAGGGAAAACUUCAUGUUAUCCUGUGGUGAUGAUAAAACUGUAAAGUUAUGGUCCGUUAACUCAGAUGACUUUGCUAAUGUCAAAGAUGAUACUAGAUUGAAUAACGAACAUGGUAUCAUCAAGACUUUCCAUGGUGAGCAUGCAUUCCAAUCCUUAGAUCACCACAGACAAAAAUCUAACUUUGUUACUGGUGGUGCUCAGAUAGAACUUUGGGAUACUAAUAGGUCCAAACCAAUUUCAAACCUUUCUUGGGGUGCAGACAACAUAAAUCACGUUAGAUUCAAUCAAAACGAAGUUGAUAUUUUAGCAAGUACGGGUAGUGAUAAUUCUGUGGUACUUUAUGAUUUAAGAACCAAUUCUCCAACUCAAAAAAUUGUUCAAACAAUGAGAACGAACUCUAUUUGUUGGAAUCCAGUGGAAGCCUUCAACUUUGUGAUUGCUAAUGAAGAUCAUAACGCGUACUACUACGAUAUGAGAAAUAUGUCUAGGGCCCUACACGUGUUUAAGGAUCAUGUCAGUGCUGUCAUGGAUGUUGAUUUCUCACCAACAGGUGACGAAGUCGUAACUGGUUCUUACGAUAAGACGAUAAGAAUUUAUCAAGUCAAACACGGUCACUCAAGAGAAAUUUACCAUACAAAGAGAAUGCAACAUGUGUUCCAAGUGAAGUACACUAUGGACAGUAAAUAUAUAGUAAGUGGUUCAGAUGAUGGUAACGUUAGACUAUGGAGAGCUAAGGCAUGGGAGAGAUCAAAUGCUAAGAGUACCCGUGAAAAGAAUAAACUAGAGUAUGAUGAAAAGCUCAAGGAGAGAUUCAAACACAUGCCAGAAGUCAAGAGAAUAAGUAGACACAGACAUGUUCCUAAGGUUGUUAAGAAGGCUCAAGAAAUUAAGAAGAUAGAAAUCGAUUCGUUGAAGAGAAGAGAGAGAAACGAAAGAAGAACACGGAAAGAUAUGCCCUUUGUACCAGAGAGAAAGAAACAGAUUGUCGGUACUGUUUUCCAGUACGAGGAUAAACAAAAGGACAAUUCUAAAUCUACCAAUUCAGAUGAUGAGUAG